AUGAAGUCUUCUGAUGAACAAAUUUAUAAAUUUAUGCAAAAGAGCAAUGGAUAUGAUUUAGUGGUUUCUAAUCCACCUUAUAUUUCUCAUGAUGAAUAUUUGACAUUAGAUGAAGAUGUUAGAUUGUGGGAAGAUAAAUUGGCACUGGUUGCUGAUGAGAAUGGUACAAUAUUUCAUAGUAAAAUCGUAUAUUUAACAGCUAAAUAUUUGUUAAGAAAAAAUAGUCCUUAUACAAAUGCCUGGAAAAAUAAGAUGCCACAAUUGGUUAUUGAAAUUGGAGGUAGUCAUCAAAUAUCUAGGAUUGUCGAAGAAUUAAAAAAAUACAACUUUAAAUCGGUAGAUAUUUGGAAAGACAGUGCUGGCAAAGAUCGUUGCAUUGUUGCCAAUUUACAUAACUAA